CGGAACCACCAACGAGAUUUAGCAGGGCGUGUACCUGCCUUGCAGUGAAAGUAAUGGCAGACGAGGCAUUGGGAUUUGAUAUAAAAACGGCGAGCUAGGCAAAGGAUGGCACUCUCAAGUCAAGACUCACAAGUGAACCAUGAGGACCUUCCUAAUCUGCUGCCUGCUGGCUACCAGCGUUUUGGCCGGUGACAAAAAAUCGGUGAAGAAGCAGGAAAAACGUGGGGUGUACCACGGUAUCGGUGGGUUCGGUGGAGUCGGUGGAGUCGUUUCCAACUCUUUGGGAUACUCCAGUGGACUAGGUGUGGGUUCAGCAGUCAGCUCCGGCGUUCCUCUAGCAUAUACUCUGGGAUCUUCUUACGGUGGAAACUAUGGCUACUCUUCCGGUGUUAAUGGAGGACUCGGUGGAGCAGGACUAGGACUUGGAUCAGUUUCCGCUCUCUCAUCUGCCGGAGCGUCUGCCGUCGCAAAUGCUCGUUCCGAACGCAUUACCGGAAUCACUGUACACCGUGAAAUCCAAGUUCCGGUUCCAGUCCCUCAUCCAGUUCCGGUGGAGGUCACUCGCACUGUGCCCGUACCUCACCCUGUGCCUGUUAAGGUCGACCGUCCUUACCCAGUGCCAGUGCCUCAGCCGGUAGCAGUACCAGUCGUCCGGCACGUGCCCGUCAAGGUCGAUAGACCCUACCCAGUCCCAGUUCCUCAACCUGUCGAAGUUCGCGUACCUCAACCAGUGCCAGUCCCAGUUGCCCAGCCUGUGCCAGUUCCAGUUGUCCACUCGGUGCCAGUUUCAGUUUCCGUUCCCCAACAAGUCGGGAUCCCUGUAAGUUCUGGAGUUGGAUUUGGCGAUGCUUCCCUCGCAUCCGCCGGAGCCUACUCCAGUGGCCUCUCAGGAUCUCUGGGACAGUCUGGCCUAGCCUUGGGCGUUGGAUCCGGGCAGGGCGUCGUCCUUGGAUCAGGCCACGGUGUCGAUAUUGGAACAUCCUAUGGAUCCGGAAUUCCCUACAGUGCCGGCUACGUUAAAAAUUGGUGAACUACUAAUUGAACGUGUGCAGCAGUACCUGAUAAGCCCCAUGAGGACAGCAUGGAAUUAUUUUUUAACGAAAUGACAGGAAUCUUGAAUAUUCAUAAAUAAAUUUGUAUUUUUUUAUCAAA